AUACCAAACGAAAAUCUCUAAUAAUCGCCCAGUCUUUGCCGGAAACGUAAGACUUACCUCAGUUAGAAUAUAAAGCGACACUUUUAUAAGCCAGUGCUGCACCCUCUGAUCAUUUGAUUUCGGAACACUAUGGGACUCAACCGUGUUUAUCCUGUUUCUGUCACAAUAGAACCUUGCUAUUCAGUAGGUUCUGCAAGGUGUGGUGGAUGAGAGGAGCUUCAUCUGAUGAACCCAGUACAAGCGCAAGCUUCACCAGUCAAAGAACGUCCGAACGAAUGUCCGAAACCUGGAAAGCGAGAGGGUACUGAAACCUUGCCAAGUGGAAUAGUGGAGGCUACUUCAGACCUUGAACGUAGACACUUAUGGAAGGUUUCCGAAAACGAUGCAGCCAUGUCUCAAAAUCUUCUUGCUAUGGCUGUUGGUAUCAAGCAGAAAAGCAAUGUGGAUAAAAGUAUCGAGAAGUUCCCCGCAGACAAUUUUACGAUCAUGCUCUUCCACUACGAUGGACAAGUAGACGCGUGGAUGGAUAUGGAGUGGACUCCUCAAGCAAUUCAUGUAAUGGCUGCCAAUCAGACAAAAUGGUGGUAUGCCAAGCGGUUUCUGCACCCGGACAUCGUCGCGAGGUACAAUUAUAUAUUCCUCUGGGACGAAGAUCUCGGGGUGGAAGUUUUCCACGCUGACAGAUAUCUAAACAUCAUGGAAGAUGAAGGACUUGAGAUUUCUCAGCCUGCCCUCGCUUCAAGCUCUUCAGAGGUUCACCACAUUUUAACUGUACGCCAACCCACAGAGAGAGUUCACAGACGCUUGAUAACAGGAACUGGAUGGAACUCAUGUAACGCCAAUAGCACCGGUCCUCCGUGUACAGGUGUUUUCUCGGGCUGCGUGGAGGUGCACUUGGUACAUGAUUCAGGUUUGUUUAGCUCUGCAUUGGAGUCUUCAUUAAUCAUGAAGUUGAGACAACGAUGUUAGAGUAUGUAAAUUGAAGCAGCCCUUUUUAUGCUGGAGCUGAAGACAAACCUACUUGUGAACUUUGGAAGAAACCUACCGGUUGUUGAUCAUAAGAGGCUGACUGCAACGACACGGUGAUAAAAAUACUAGUUCUUUGUUAUCAUCAAGAGCGGUGUGGAGAUUUGUCCAACCUGCUUAAGGGAAAACCAUGAACUGUUGCCAGUCACCUAUUUUGUUAAAAUCGAA